GGGGGGGGUGUUGUAGGUAGGGCCAACUGGGAAGAAGACAAAUUGGAGUACUGUGUCUAUAUAUAUAUAUUUAUGUAUAUAUAUAUCGUCCCUACAAGAUCAGAGCAGACCUAGCUACUAGUGAUGUAACUGCGCAUCGUUAACGGUUUUGCUUCUCUGUUGAACCCUGGAGUCCUCCGAUUUCAUAAAUCAGAAGCUGUUUUCUGGAUAUGAUCUCCUCCCUAUAAAUACUCCACAAUCCACUCGUCAUAAGCCCUCAGUAACUAAUUCAUCCUCCAAUUCUUAGUUAUCCAGCUCUGCAACUUCGGUUCUUCUCACAAAUAAAGCUCAAGGUUCUUGUUCAUAUAUAUAUAUACUAUAGGCUGAAAUGGUAAUGAAGAUUAGGAAGGAGGAUUAUGCGGCUUCGUUAGAGAGCGAGUAUCAGAAAGGCGUCAUGCAUUUGUCUGAAACUGGCAUUGCCAAGCUCCCCAAAAAGUACGUAUUGCCGGCUUCUGAGCGUCCCAACGAUAUCGUGGAUCAACAAGCCUCUAACCUUAAGCUUCCCGUCAUCGAUUUCGCCGAACUCCACGGUCCCAACCGCCCCCAAGUCCUCAAAUCCCUCGCCAAUGCUUGUGAGCAUUACGGGUUUUUUCAGCUUGUCAACCAUGGCAUCUCCGGCAGCGUUAUAAGGAACAUGAUGGACGUCAGCCGAAGAUUCUUCGACCUCCCGUUCGAGGAAAGGCACAAGUACAUGAACCCUAACAUGUACUCUCCUGUUAGAUACGGCACCAGCUUCAACCAGACAAAAGAUGGCGUCUUUUACUGGAGAGACUUCUUGAAGUUAAUGUGCUAUCCUUCAUCAGAAAUGCUUCCUCAUUGGCCUUCUUCUCCCUCAGACUUUAGGAAUUUGGCGGUUACCUACGCGAAUGAGAACAAGUGUUUGUUCCUCAAGCUAAUGGAAGCAAUCGUAGAGAGCCUUCGAUUAGGUAACGAGAAGAAGACGACAGAAGAUGACGAUGGAGAUGAAGAGGAGGAUAAUAUUUUACGAGAACUGGAGGAUGGGAGCCAGCUAAUGGUUGUCAACUGUUACCCGCCAUGCCCGGAGCCCCAGUUGACACUGGGAAUGCCGCCUCACUCUGAUUAUGGUUUCCUCACUCUGCUUCUUCAAGAUCAGGUUGAAGGUCUUCAGAUUCACUUCGAGGGAAAAUGGGUUACAAUUGCACCAAACCCUAAUUCUUUGGUUAUCAACGUUGGUGAUCAUCUGGAGAUAUUUAGCAAUGGGAGGUACAAGAGCGCGUUGCAUAGAGUGAUGGUGAAUUCUAUCAAGCCUCGGAUUUCCCUGGCUUCUUUGCUUACGGUUCCUUCGGAAACCGUGAUCCGGCCAUGGCGGAAGCUCGUCGACGAAGCGAAUCCGAGGCGAUAUAUGGACACUGAUUUUGCUACUUUCCUCAAGUACGUUUCAUCUCGUGAGCCCAAGAAGAAGAACUUUCUGGAAUCAAGGAAGUUGACAUGAUGAAUAUGUUUUGAGCAGGAAAUUGAAGAAAAGGAAGACAAGACGACUUGUGUAUUUUGUCUUUUGUAGAACUAAUUAAUCAAUUAAUUAGUUAUUGUUUAUCAUGUUGGAUUGAAAUAUAUAUAUAUGUAUAAGAAGAUUAACUAAUUAAUUAAUAAAUUGGCUCAUGCCAUACAUGUCA